GUCUGUAGUGCUAAGCUGUAUAUUCCUGUGUGUGGUACGGUAGGAAUUGGUUCUGCGCCUCAACCAAGAGCGUUUCUGAUAUUAACUAUGGGGGAGAUCAUGUCGCCGAAAGAAAUGGCCGGACAGGAGCAACUGAUCGAAUUCCAGCAUCUUUGCGAUCAAAUGAUGUUUUGGAUUAAUUACAAGGAAGUUAUUGUCUGGCCCGAAGAUUUAAAAUCCGAAAAAGAUUCCCAGCUGAUAAUGAAACAGAAAUAUGCGAAAUUCAACGAAGAAGUAGCAGCGCAAGAAUCGCACGUCAAUGACGUGAUGAAAUUGGCCGAUCUUUUGAUAGAGAGUAAACACCCUGACGAGAUUGUCAUCAGGCGCCGGAGAGAGGAACUGAAACAAUCUUGGCAGCGAAUGCGGAAGCUGGCAUUGAAACGUCAAAUGCUCGGGCAAGAGGAGUUGGCCGGUGCCCAACCUAUGGAGGUCAUUCAACCUGAAGACGGCAAAAAACCAACUCUCCAAUCAGUCGCCACAGAGGCUAAAUUACUGCGAGGACUGCUCGAGGAUUUCCUGCGUUUAGAGCAAUUCGAAAAAGAUUGCCAUCCAACCAAAACCUGGAUCAACGAAACCAUUGGUUUGAUGUCGGACGAUGGCCAUUUGAGCCCGACAGAUUUAAACCUGAAAAUGGACAACCACAAAAAACUCGAAGAGGAUGUCAUGUCUCGCAAGAAUCGCGUUGAAAUGCUCACCAAAAUCCAAGCUCACCUGACCGACGUUCUCAAAAUGUGGGAAGUCCUUCUGGCCGCCACUGAAUUGAAAAGUAUCCACAUGUCCCAAGCGUGGCAACUGGAGAAAUUCAAUCACGGAAUCGACAAUAUGACUGCCUGGCUGGCCGAAGUCGAAGCCACCCUAUCCAGCCCAGACUUUGGCAGCGAUUUGGCUAGCGUCGAACUUUUAACCAAGGAACACGCCCUUCUCGAACGAGACAUCAAAACCCACAAGGAUAUCAUCGAUAUCAUUGUGACGGCCGCUCAGCAGUUCUCAGAAUGCGGUCACUUCGACCUGAAAAAUAUCUUGAGCAAAAAGGAUGUGGUUGUCAAGCGAUUCGAUGGACUUGGACCUCUCCAGAGUGAGCGCCAGCGAAAGUUGGUCGAUGCUCUAAAGGCCUACCAGCUCUUCCACGAAAUGGAUGUGGAAGAAGAAUGGAUAGCCAAGAAGCACGAAGUCAUUGCGGGUCGUGGAAAGGAUAUCGACACGGUGAGAGCUCUCAUCAAAGAAACUCAAUCGAUCCUGCAGGCGAUGCAAAUCCACGAUCCUGACGUCCAGCGCGUCAUCCAGUCGGGUCAAAAGCUAGCCAGAGGACAUCAUCUGGCCGAAGAAAUCAACAAACGCACACAGCAGUUGUCCGAACACUGGACCAGCUUGAAAGAACGAGCGUUUGAGCGGAAGCAAUCCAACCAACUCGUCUUGCUCUUUCUCUUCCAGAUCAAAGAUUAAACCCUCGCCAUGUCUUUGACUGGGUGCCAAAAAACAGGCGUUGGUUAUCUUCUUCUUCCCUUGUAUGUAAAACAAAUGGCGUAAUGAUUAUCUUUCAACAAACAAGUCUUCCCAAAUUAUAUACCAACUCAAAUCGCGCAUGAAUCCGUCUGACAAAAUUUGCUCUGCAAUGACAUUGAAGCGCAAAAAAACAAACACAACUAUUUGGAACAUCCAUCCCCUACCUUGAUGCAAAGCAUUCGGGAACAGGUUUUCAAAUUUCAAAUAUAUUUAGGAAUGAGAUAGAAUACGGAAAAUGCUGUAUAAGGAUAGUUGAACUGCUUUUGUUUGGUAUUUUGUGUUGUCGAUAUAGUAUUCCAUACAGUAUUAGUUAGGCGUAUUCAAAGAAUCGGUAUCAAUCAUCUAAAUAUAAAUUAUGUAACAAAAAAGACAGGUUCUUUAAUCCCAAAUGUUUGGGGUGUUCAGUUCAUUUUACGAUCAUGUAUCAUUUUUUGAAGCCUAUCGUGUAAUUAAAAAGGUUUGUGAAUACUC